AUUAGACCAACAUGUUGUUCAGAUUAAAUUGUCCUUUGGUUGGAUGUUUAUUUCUUUUAACAGCAACAAUUACAAUUGUCUCUUGUGAUGAAGAGGAAGGUGAAUUGAAGAUUGAUGUUACUCACAAACCGACAAAAUGUGAUCGUGUUACUAGUAAAGGUGAUUUACUUAAAAUGCAUUACCGAGGAACUUUAUUAGAUGGAACUGAAUUUGAUUCUAGUUACUCUCGUAAUGAACCUUUCCAAUUUCAAUUGGGAAUUAAUCAGGUAAUCCAAGGAUGGGAUCAAGGAUUACUUGAUAUGUGUGUCGGUGAAAAGAGGAAAUUAACUAUUCCUUCACACCUUGGCUAUGGUGACAAUGGUGCUGGUAAUAAGAUCCCACCUAAAGCAACAUUACUCUUUGAGGUUGAAUGUGUUUCCAUUGAAGAUGGUCCACCACCGGUCAAUGUUUUCAAAGAAAUUGAUUCCAACAGUGAUAAUCAACUUUCAAGGGAAGAAAUUAGUGAAUAUCUAACUAAACAAUUACCUAAUGUUCCCGAUUCAACAUUGAAAGAUCUCCCUGACCAUGACAAUUUGAUUGAAGAAAUUUUCCAAAAUGAGGAUAAAGAUCGAAAUGGUUAUAUUUCUCACAAAGAAUUCACUGGGCCUAAACAUGACGAGCUUUGAACAAAUUCUCACAAUGUUAAUAGAUGCAAUUAACUUUUUUUUUAUUAGUAUAAUAAUAAUAAUCUCCAAUCAACAAAUUAAUCAGAAAGAGAAAGAAAGUUAAUCAGUCAAUAUACAAGCCAAAGACUGUGAGUUAAACAAUCAACUGUUUAAAUCAAAUCAUUCACGCAGUUGAUUAUAAUCAAUGAGAGAGAGAGAUAAAGUUAACCAGAGAUAUGAUAUUAAUCAAUAGCCUAUCAUUUAUCACGAGUUAAUCCAAUCCAUUGAAAUGGUCUUUUGAUUAAUUAUCUUUACCUGAUUAUCAUUACCUGUGCAAAUGAUUUGGUCAACCAAGUGAUUGACAAAAUCAAAGUCUUUGGCUGUAUAAAUAAAAGUUAUAUUCAGAUUUUUGCUCCAUUGUAUCUCCACAUAAUACAACAAUUAAUUGUCCUGAAUGAAGUGUAUGUGUUUUACAUGUUGUCUAAUUAUUAUCAACUAUUUUUGAUUGAACAAAUUUAAAUUACCAGAACCAUAAUUGCAAAUCCAUCACAUGGCAAAUUCAACAACAAGGAUUCAACUUAAAAUCUUCAACAUUUGAAUUUUGAUUAGCAAUAUUAUAUGAUAAAUUUAAUCAUCUUUUUUUAUUUUAUAUAUACAAUUUAUUCAAUGUCAACACCAACACCAAUGAGAGAAAUUAAUUGUUUGUACUCUUGUUACAAUUAACCACCUAACGAUUAACUAUGAUUAAAUCUUUAUUUCUACCGGGA